UAACUUCUCGUCCAUAACAAAUUCUCCGGAGAUACUGAGAGCGAGCGAGAGAGAGAGAUGGGUGAUGAAAUCGACCCCCAGAAGAUGAAAAGGAUUGCCGCGGCGGCGUACGACUAUGAACUCGAUCCCCGGUGGACGGAAUACUGGUCCAACGUUCUCAUACCUCCUCACAUGGCUUCCCGAUCCGACGUCGUCGACCACUACAAGCGCAAGUUCUACCAGCGUUACAUUGAUCCUGAUUUUGUGGUUCAAUCCAUGUCUUCGUCUAUCUCUUCCCAGGCACCUGGAGCAUUUCAGGGAUCCUCAUCAGUUCCUGCCACAGAAAAUGAAAGACCUCGUAACUCAGGGUCUAGUUCUGGGACAAAUGUACCGCAAGGCAGGACCUCAUCUUUCUUUCAAAUGGAUGAACGGACUGUUAAUUUUGCUUUCAAAUUCUGGGUGUUUGCUAUGUCCAUUUUUGGGAUCCUUCCCCUUAUACCAAAAAGUAUCUCAGACAAAGCAUAUCAGUUAUCAUUACUUGGAGCUACCUUUUCUGCACUGUUUUUGUUGUACUCCCAUUUUGGGAUACCAAGAACAUGGAAUCAGCCAGGCAUCCAAACAUGGUUGCAGUCUGUUAUGGUAGCCAGGGAAUUUAUUAAUCUCCCCUACAGCAUUGUGUUUGUUACUUCUGGGACGCCUUUUAAAUUGGCAUUGAUUCCUGUUCUUUCCUGGUCAGUUCAGCAUGUUACCAAGUUCUUAAGGAGAAACUUUAAACAUUCCAUUUUGUACAGGAAAUAUCUGGAUAAAACGUGCCGGUGGGUUGAUGUGAACAUUACCACAAUUAGGAUUCUGAGUUCAAAUGCUGAGGUUGCUCUGGGUUUCCUUUUCAUAAUUUCACUGUUUUCGCAAAGGCGCAGCAUAAUCCACACCUUUAUGUACUGGCAGCUGCUGAAGCUCAUGUAUAAUGUUCCUGCAACUUGUAGCUACCAUCAGACCGUCUGGUCCACAAUCGAUCGUACCAUAACUCCUUUCAUUAAUCGCUAUGCUCCCUUCUUGAAUACUCCUAUCUCAAUUAUCAAGAAAUGGUGGUUGCGGUAGACUAAGGCUUCGUUUGGGACGGCUUUUUUACUGUUUUUUAAAGCUGUUUUUUAUUAUAAAAGUUAAAGCUAGAAAAUUGCUUUAAGAAACAGUAAGAAAGCCGUCUCAAACGAAGAAAAACUUGGAGAAGUUCAUUGGAUCCCCUGCUUUGAAUGAAUAAAGUUUUGAAUGCAAAUCUGGAUGGAAGGAACGCAGACGAAGCUUCCCAUCAGGCCGGUCACCUUCCCAAAUGAUUAGAAUUCUUUUUUUUGAUAAUUUAACCAGGUUUAUGUGAGCUAUUUUUAGCCAUCUAGUGUUGGUACUUGAGAGAAGCUUCCUCACCUGAGUAAGCUUUCUGCACUCGUUCUCUUACAGUUGAUUGCUGAGCUUAAGUGCUGAGUUCAGAAAUAUUAUGUUAUAUAGUGUUUAUUGGAUUGUAUGAUCUUACUGAUCACUUCAUUAGAA